CUUCGUCACCCCCAGGACCCUACGGUUCGAACCAAAUUCCCUGUGAAAGGAAUACCAACAAAGAGAUAUACCAUUUGAAGUAUAACAAGCAACAGCGAUGGUACUGGCUGCCAUACCAGCAGCGUGACGAACCUCUCCUGUUUCUGACGUACGACAGCAAGUCAGGUACGAAUGCAAGAUGUAUGUCCAGCUAAUAGGUUUCGGAUCCUGGCCGACACAUCACUGAUCUUAGCCGCAGAUUGUCCACAUGUGUCUGUUCACAAUCCUCUCGCACCUCCCAAUGCCCCUCCCCGCGAGAGUGUUGAGACGAGAAACUUGGUGAUAACUAGGAUAGACGACGGUGAAUAGUGGUUAGAUUUCUGAUUGAUAGGUGUAUGUGAGUCAAUAGAAUUUUGGUCAACCCACGACCACUAGAUCAGACCAUAAGAUGAUAUUCACACCGGUGCCUAAUCGUUCUGAAUGUACUUAUAUGCUCACCUGAGUCCGAGAAAUUUGGACAUGAAUGUGUCUGGGUCAUCCGGAUCAUUCCGAAUUCGUUGCGACGCGAUGUGGGAGCGGAG